UUCGUCACACAAACUUCUCUGGUGUGGGGUAGAGCUAGUGAGAUAGGAUAGGAGGGUGAGGGUCUACUUAUUGUUAUAUAAUAUAUCCACGAACAUGGAGAGAAAGUGCGAGAAAAAACCACAUGAUGGAUUGGGUUUUGUCUCUCAUCAUUACCAUUUCAUUGGCUCUUCCUUUUACUGGGAGAUGCAGCCAUGUUUACACCAGGAGUGAUUUCCCUGAGGACUUCGCUUUCGGCUCCGGUACUUCUGCUUAUCAGUGGGAAGGUGCUGCUACAGAGGACGGGAGAAAGCCUAGCAUCUGGGAUACUUUCGUCAACUCUCGUAACUUAGAGAAUGGAGACAUAGCAUGUGAUGGGUAUCACAAGUACAAGGAAGAUGUGCAGCUCAUGGUGGAAACUGGCUUGGAUGCUUUCAAAUUAUCCAUCUCUUGGUCCAGGCUUAUACCAAAUGGAAGAGGUCCUGUUAACCCAAAGGGUCUUCAGUUCUACAAGAGCUUCAUCCAAGAACUUGUAACCCACGGAAUUGAACCACAUGUUACACUGCACCACUACGAUCUACCUCAAGCUCUCCAGGAUGACUAUGGAGGCUGGCUCAACCGCACUAUCAUUGAAGAUUUUACUGCUUACGCAGACGUUUGCUUCAGAGAGUUUGGGAGUCACGUCAAAUUCUGGACGACAAUCAACGAGGCUAAUAUAUUCACUAUCGGAAGUUACAACGAUGGGAUAACUGGGCCUGGUCGUUGUUCCGGGAACUGCAUGUCAGGGAACUCUUCCACUGAACCAUAUAUUGUAGGCCAUAACUUGCUUCUUGCACACGCCUCUGCUUCAAGAUUGUAUCGACAAAAGUACAAGGAUAUGCAUGGAGGUUCCGUUGCCUUAAGCUUGUAUGCAAUAGGGUUUUCUCCUGCUACAAGCUCCAAAGAUGAUGAAAUGGCAGCUCAAAGAGCCAGAGAUUUCUACUUGGGCUGGAUGCUUGAGCCUCUUGUAUACGGAGACUAUCCAUAUGUAAUGAGAAAAACCGUCGGAUCAAGACUGCCAAAUUUCUCAGAGGAAGAAUCAGAGUUAGUUAAAGGCUCCUCUGACUUUAUAGGAAUCAUCCACUACCUUGCAGCCAGUGUCACAAACACCAAACCUAAUCCUACAGGAUACUCAGAUUUCUACUCAGACACUGGCAUAACUUUGUCAUACACUUGUAAUAUUACAACUUCUCAAUGUGCUGUAACUCCAUGGGCUUUAGAAGGUGUUCUGGAGUAUAUAAAGCAGAGCUAUGGCAAUCCUCCUGUCUACAUUCUUGAGAAUGGUAAAUCGAUGAAGGGGGAUUUUCAGAUGCAACAGAAGGAUACACCAAGGAUUGAGUACUUACAUGUUUACAUUGGUGCUGUGCUCAAUGCCGUUAGGAAUGGGUCUGACACAAGGGGAUACUUCAUAUGGUCAUUCAUGGAUGUUUACGAGUUACUUGGCGGAUACGGUCCUAAAUAUGGAUUGUACUAUGUGAAUUUCAGCGAUACUCAUCUCACGAGAUUUCCAAAACUCUCUGCUCAUUGGUACUCUGCUUUCCUCAAGGGGGACACCACCUUUCUUGGUUCUCAAGGCAUCGCGCAAUUGCAAAACAACUUCUCUUCUUCCUCUUUAGUAAUGUAAUGGUAAUGUUGCAUUUAUAUGGUCCGGCUUUUUGCAAACAUGGAAGAAAGUGAACAAUUGAUGUGGUAAUGAUUCUUUGUUUCUUUGUUUUGGGAAAUAAAUGACAUGCAAACCUUAUUUUCAUCUAAGAAUCAUAUAAUAUCUC